UUGUGACUCGUAUCAGUAUCCCACUUCACCUGUACUCUUUCUCCCUCUGCGAGCUGCACCUUCUUGCCUCUCCCGGUUGUUUGCCGUCAUCAUCUCUAUCGCACCGGCCGCCGUGACCGUCGCGCCGCCACCUUGAACACCAAACCAGUGUUAACGAUGAACCGUAUCGUAUCAGGUAACUACACGAUGUCGUUGAGGGGUUUCCUAGGGCUUUCUGAGGGUGAGGUCAUGAGGUCUGAUGCAAAACCUUGUUCGAGGUUGAUGAGACACACAGCUGGAAUUUGUAGUGUUGGUGGAGCAUUAGGAUUUUGGAUCCUUUGCCGAUUGCAUUACGGUCCUCGAAUUACAGUUCCUCGGAGUCUUCGUUGGGCAGCGUGUGGAGCUGUAACUAUGAGCUCAAGCACAGCUUUGCUGGUUCGUUUGUUUAGUCCUGAAUGUGAACCCCAGAACAUAGCUGCUUAUGACACAAAAAACUAGCACUAUAUUGUAACUCCUUUUCUUUUUCCCUCCUCAUAUAGAAAGGGAGAAAUGGUUAAUUUUGAGAUGAUGCAAGAUUGAUAUCAUAUACGGAUAAUAUCUAGCAUUUGUAAGUUUUAUGGUAUAAAUGCCCUUUUAUGGCAUUAUGUGGGAAAAUUAGGCUUGUCACUCUCCAUUAUUGAGGUGCUGUGCAAAGCAUGUUUUCAUCCUGUA